CGGAAAGCGCGCGACUCCCGGAAAUAAACAUUCAUGUAAAUAGUCAACAAGUCUCACGAGUUCCCGAAACCGCGCGCACACGCAUACACAUGCACGCGCGCGCACUCUGAGGCUGCUGGUUCCACGCGAGAGAGUUAAUGAGCCUGAAGCUUCUGUGUGACUCAGUGUGAGGGAGAGCGAGCAGCACUAAAACAGGACACCGACUGUGAAACGCAGCGAGACACACAGCGAGUGCGAGAUGGAGGAAGCGUACACGGCUUUGUAUCAGGAGUUCCUCCGUCUGCAGUUACUGUGUCUAAAACAGGCUGAAAUGUUACGACACCUCACCGAGGCGCUGAGACGACAACAAGGUGUGACUCCUGUCUUUAAUGUGAAUUUUGAGGACUUGUAUUCGGAGACGGUUCCGUGCAGUCGUGAUGGACUGGGGAUGUUCACCCACACAGAGGACCGAGCACAAGCAGCUCAACUACACAAACAAGAUGCUCACACACACGUCACUGCUGCUCAAACUCACCAAACACACACUUUUGCUUUAAACCCUACAGGUAUCACAGGUGAUCCUGGGGUUUCCCCGCUUGCUGGAGAUUUGAACAGACUGCACCUGGAGCCUGUGCAGAAGAAGGUGGAGGUGGACGGAGUGGCGUCAGCGUCGGGUCGAAUCGAGAAGGAGGGGCACAGUAUCCUGGAUGAGUUACGACAGGUCGAGCAUAACUGGUACAGCAGCCAAACAUCUAAGCAACAAUCAAAGCAACUGCGGCCGUGGUCCUCAUCGUUCCUGACCAGCACGAUGAUGAGCGAGGCGGGUGGGAUUCUGAUGUCCCGCGUCACGCUGAACUCCCGAGUGUGCGAGUUCUGCCACGCCGUGUUCCCCGGACACACCACCACCAGGGGGGAGUUCCUCCGCCAUCUCACCACACACAUCUCCUGACAACGUACAUGACACGAGCACGUAUACAACGUACAUGAGACUGUUUAAUUUAAACACACAAUGGCGAGAAGUUUUGCUGCGCAGACAUUCAGUGUUUGAGAAGAAAAUUCUCGAAUAACUCGGAUGUAAAAUUCUAAAUAUAUAAAUAUAUAUACUGUAUUUAAAGCUUAGCUAAAUACCUAUGUGCAUAUAUUUGCAUGAAGAAAUAAUACUAUUCAAUUGUUACACUGAACUAAUGUACUGAAGUGUGAAGUACGGGUUCUUUCUGCAUUAAACCAGUCCGAAUACUACUGUAGAUCUCACUGGAGGUUAGUUCCUGCUCUUGUGUGUUUCUGAGAUUUAUAAAUAUAAAGGUUUUUGCUCACAAAA